AUGGAUGAAAUCAACAAAAGUAUUGUAAAUAUCUCAAACGAUAAUAAAGAACUACCUAUUAAGUGGAUAAGACAGCUAAUUUCAAAGCUUGACAUCUCACCAGAGAUUAGAAAUGGACCCUUAUUUGAAAAAGCUGUCAACGAGUUAGCGUCUUCUAAUAUCGAGAACUUAUCUUCCUCAGUGAAUCAGCUACGAUCCUUUCGUGAUAUCCUAAAAAACAAGAUUAAAUCAUUAGCCGCAGAAAAUUAUCAUAUUUUUAUAACCACCAAAGAUGCAAGUCAGAAUAUCUUGGAGAAGACUUCCGAAAUGUCAACCGCCAACCAAGAACUUCUAUCGCAAAUUAACGAGUUCACACAAUGUUCUAAUGACAUCUUAUUCAAGGCUCGCUCCAUUGAAGCCUCUCUUAUAAAGAAUAAAAGUGCCUUGGAAAAUCACACACAGUUACUAGAAAUAAUUGAACUCCCGCAGUUAAUGCAAACAUGUGUGCAUAAUGGUCAUUACGAUGAUGCAAUAUCUAUUUAUGCUUACACUAAAACGUUAUUCAAUAAAUAUGGGUCCAGGUACUCUGUUUUACGUAUGAUCUAUUCACAAGUGUCUGCCGUUGCUUCACAGUUUGUUCAUCAAUUGUACAACCAGUUGAGAACACCUAUAUCCCUAUCUUCAUGUAUCAAGACCGUUGUAUUUCUUCGUAGAACAGGACUGUUAAGUGAACAAGAACUGCGGCUAAAAUUUCUUCAAACGCGCACAACUUGCCUUAAGAGCCAAAUCAGCUCAUCUUUAUUGGCAUGUACCCCAAACGAGUUAGCUGCUGUAGAUAAGCGGGAAAAGCUGUCAGGAUUUCGCCCUUUUAAACAGUCUCAUGAUAGGUCCUAUUGGGUGGCUACACGACGUAUUGAAGUGACGCGUGUGCAGUUAUUUGAUAUAGUCACACAGUAUCGAGCCGUAUUUCCAGAUGAUGAUGGUAUUCUUUCACAGGGAAUUAAAAUUCAGGGAAAGUCACUGCUAUCCAAAUACUCAGGAAAUCAAUUUUACUCAAUUAAUUUAUUAAAGGGGUCUAGACAUUUGAAUGGUUCUGAAUCUAGCCCAAAUUUAUUGCACGCUUGGUUGGUUGAUCAAGUGGCGGAUUUUUUGAAUAACCUUUGUAGCGAUCUCCAAACUAUGAUGUAUCAACCUAAAUGUACUCCACAAGAACUGAUAAAUCGUUUGUCAAGCGCUACUUCCGCAGACUCAGAUAGCUACGCAAAUAAAUCACACGGAAAUAUUUGUUUAGAGGCGUUAUUCACUCAGGUGCAGUCAUUAAUCUCACAAUCUAUGUAUUUUGGACGAUCACUUAAUCGAAUAGGCUGUGAUUUUAGACCACAUUUGGCAAACCUUUUUUGUCAUCAAACUGAGUCAUUUAUCAAGAAUUAUAUUGACAAUAUUGUAUCGGAAUUUGAAUUUGCACUUGCUAACUGGAUUUGGCGAAUUCCAUCUGAUGAUUAUGUCCAGAUUAAUGAAUCAGCUCAUGAAGAAGCAAAUGAUAAUGCAUUGAGUCCCUUUACAAAAAUGACUAAUAUACUGCUAGAAUUUCCUCCGCUAAUACUACUUUACAACCGAUUUAUUGAACUGUUUCAUGGAUUAAACAUAUGCUGUCCUGCUGGUUUGAAAAAUAAAAUUAUUAUCAUUAUAUCCAAUGGUUUACAUACUUCUGCAAAAUCUAUAACAAAAAUGUAUGAUAAUUUAAAAGAACAACAAUCGAAUAAUUGGUUAAAUGAUGUUCAUUGUUUAGCUAGUGCAUUUUGUACAUCACUGACUCAUUGUAUUCUAGCAAAUUUAAUUAAUUAUUUAUUUGUUGAUGAAAUUGAUAGUGAUAUUCAAAUUCCAACUUGUCAUAAUCCUACAACAUUUCAUCGUCCACUUUUAGCAAAUUUAUGUCGAUUAAUAUGUGCACCUAUUUAUACAAAAUGGUCAAAUUUACUUCCAGUCAUACAAUCUGAUGUAUUAAAUAACAACAGUUCAAAUAACAAUUUUUCUCCUAUUCCAUCAACAAGCAGUGAAAUAGAGACAAUAGAUUCUAUUGUGAAUAGUACGCCAAAUGUUGUCAAAACAUUAUCAUUAGGUGAAGAAGUAUCUGUAAACGGUACAUGCAAUGAUCAUAUUGAAGUUGAUAAAAUCAAUGGUUUAUUGUAGUGUGUAUUAUACUUAUUUCUUUGAAUUAAUUACAAUCUACUAUUGUUAUUUGUGAAUAUCUGAUAUUAUUUUUGUAUAUUUUAAAUUAAUUAUUCUUAUCUGUAAUAAUUUUACGUUCUUUUUUUUUGAGUCCAAUUUUUUUCUAAUAGAUUGGAUUUACUGUGAUAAUAAAUAUACAUACAUUUAGGGCAUUGA